AUGCCAUCGAUUCUCAGACGAUCCCGUCGUCGUGAGUUAACGCUCACGCCGUCAUUCACGAGCGCAAUUCAAGAUAAGGUUCUCCCUCUGCAACGCUUCCCUGAGCUAAUAUCGUGCAGCUCAUUCCUCGUCGAUCCCACCACUUUUCGCUCUCCCUCACCAUCACGUUUGAUUGCAAAGUCCUCGGACUUCUCUCGCCCUUCUCUGACGUUUUCUCUCUACCGUAGUCCUAUAUCCAACCUCCAACAUCAUCCCGUUCACACGCUCCCUCCCGAGCUUCUCAUUCGUAUCUUUGAGCUUGGUUCGUUUGAGGAUGCUCUGUUUCUUAUCACCGUUUCGCACGUCUGCCACCCAUGGAGGAUGCUGGCUGUACACACGCAUACCCUCUGGCGACGCCUGUCGUUUGGUUCUCAUGGAUUGCGUCUGUGGAAAGAGCGCAUAGCCCGUGCCCAUGGGUGUUCCCUCGACGUUACAAUUGCACCUUCGCGGCACCAUUUUCCCGAUAUGGGCGCGUUAGCCCUGCAGCUGCAUCUUCUUGCUCCACACAUAUCCAGGGUGCGCUCAUUUGAGCUGCGGUUUUUAAACUACUCGCCAUUCCUAUGGAACACUGCUCUGGGUCCUGUAUGCCAUCAAGAGCAAUGGGAUAAUAAUAUAGACACAUGUGCUGUCGCUCCAUCUGUGCACGCGCUGCAACUGGAGGAACUUACUCUGUGUUAUCCAGAAAAUGAUGACACAAAGGAGUUUGCUCUUUUCGCAGGCGUUGCCCCUCGGUUACAGAAGGUCACGCUUGAUGGCAUUCGCCUGACCUGGCUGCCAGAGCUUUACAGACAGCUCACAUAUCUCGACUAUACUCAUCACGGAUUCACAGCUGGGCGAACUGCCGUGAAUGAAGUUCUAGGAAUGGUUCGAGUUUCACGCGCACUACGCGAGCUUCGCAUAUGUUUUAGGAGACGAGCGCUGGACGGAGAAGUUUUGUAUCUCCCCCACGAUGACGUCCUCCCCGGACAGACCCACCUUCCGCAGCUCGAGCGACUCGUUCUUGCCGUCGACAAGUUGGAUAUUGAAAUACCCCCCGAGCUUACAUCGCUCCUCUCCCGCCUUUUCUUGCCCAAUCUUCGCGAGCUACAUCUGGUUGACCUUCGCUUUCAACCCGCUCACAGACGCUGGCGGAAGUCAGCGCCAUUUCCUGGACUCAGAGCCGCUCUGAGCCUGUUUCAAGUCGCAAUACCGUCCACUAUUAGAGUUUGGACGAUGGCGGGUCGUUGGGCAGAUCAUUCCUCCAUUCAUAUUCCUGCGAAACAUUUCAGAGAACUUGGUAGCUUGAAAGUGGAUGGUGUUGAAAUAGAUCCCAAGUCUCUCAGACUUGCAUAG